AAAAUACACCAGGAAAAACUCAAAAUACUAUACGAGACAUGUGUGAAGAAUGGGGUGCGAAUGCCCAACGACAAUUUCAAACUGGAUUACAUGCGCGAUCUCGAAGGAGUGAUCAAUGAAUGUAAUAGAAAAAUUAGAAUUGCAGAAAAACGACUGGAGCUCUCCGUAGAGGAGAGGGAGAAAAUUUCGAGCGUGACACAGGAGCUGGAUAAACUAGACGAACAGGUAAGCCUGAUGCUCCAGGAGAUAACGUUACUUGUGGAAAAGGGAGAAUUGGAAAUGGCUUUGGAUUGGAAUAAAGAGCUAGAGAAAGUGAUACGAAAUCGAGACGCUGUUGCCACGCAGUACACUGAAAUGGUUGAGAAUAUCAACCAGUCGGCACAGCAGAAAUUGCAAGUGUGCGAGCAGUGCGGUGCCUAUCUCUCUCGCCUCGAUAACGACCGCCGACUUGCGGACCAUUUUGUGGGUAAAAUGCAUCUGGCUUAUGUGGAGAUGAGACGCGCGUUGGCUGAACUCAAGGGCAGCUAGUCUCAUUUUUUCUUUUCAGCAAUGCCAACGGAUGGAGGGAGGGUGUCGGCAAUGGCACUCAACCAUGCUCGAAUUGGCAGCGUAUUGGAGAACAAAGUAAUCCCAGCACUGACUGCCAUAUAUGCAAGACUGACAGCGGCGGUCACAGACACAAUGACUGACAAGCUGAUGAUGAAAACCGGCAGGAAACCAAUUCCUGCCGCAAUUGCAAGAAUGGUGAACCCGGUGGUGAACAAAAAGCCAAUGAAUGAGGUGUACACGGCCAUUAGCAGAAUGAAUAUUAGAACCGGAGGGAUGAUGCUGAGCACAAAGAUGGUCACUGAGAUGUUGACGAAAUACGAAUUAGAUUUGUAGAAUAGAAGCACCUGUUUCCACCAGCCAGAUACGUUAUUCCUGACUUGUUCAAGAAAAUUGAGGGUAUUCCUAAAGUGUUAGAGAUCCCUCUUUUAUGGAGGUUAUGAGCACUUACAGAAAGAUCAGACUCCGGUACGUGCUGUUCUGUGGAAUGAGCACGUCGAUCAG